CACCCGCACCUCCGCAUGCCACGCCGGACCACGUCACGCCAGCCACCCACAUCAACGAACAGCUUGCUUCGUCCUCCUCGCGCCGUCCUCCUCCCUCCCCAAUCCGCUCGUUCCCGGAGGGGAGGACGCCCGUCCGGUCUCGGAAUCGAUCUGUUCCCUCGCUGCCGUGAGCGACGAAUCGAAUCAGAACCUUUGCUCCUGUCCGCAAGUUCGUCCAGGAUUCGGUGUCUUCGCGGCGGGUCGUUGCUAGUCCGAUCCGUACGCCUGUCCGCGUCCCUGGUUCGGCCGAUUAAAAUAGGAAUUCGUCUCCUUCGUCCCCGGCGGCGCAAGGUCGAUCGAUCGAUCGAGCUGUUCCUCUCUGGUGCGCGGCGCGGCGAGUUUCGCAGUUGCCGGAGGAUGGAGUCCGGGAGGAAGCCUCGGAGCCUGCUGGACAUGUGCGUCCAGAAGCUCAUCGACAACCUCCGCUACGUGGGCCGCGUCGACGGCGUCGAGAUGGAGCUGCUCAAGCGCAUCCUGCCGCACUGCACGCUGGAGCAGCUCACCCGCAUCGAGAACCGCACCGAGAUGGAUCUUAGCCCGGUAACCGAUUCGCUGUGGAAGCGAUUCUAUCAGCGGGAAUUUGGCGAGGAGCAUACGAACAUGGUCAUCAAGAGGAUGAAAGCGAGUGGAGGAAGAGUGCGUUACACAUGGAGAGAGCUCUUCAAGGCGAAAACAGAGAAGCAAAAGGAAGUUGAAGAUAAGAUGCUCGAGAAAAUCGCAAAGAAGUUUCAGGCAGAGAAAGCUGAGAAACAGAGCAAGCAAAUUAAACUUUGUACAAAGGUGCCUCCAUCCAACAAAAGAAGUUUCUUUGGAGGGAGUGGACCUAGCAGUCUAUCCAAUUCCAAUUACAAGAGCCCUAUACUCAAAAAAGCCAGGAUAGAGGUUAACAGCCAUGCAAGAUUGCAAUCUGCUAUGCAAAAGAAUACUUUUGGGAGGCCAUCUCAGCCAAUAAGGACAAACUCUUUGAGUGGACAGACAGUGAGAACGACAACCAUUCAUAGACCCAAUUCAACCAUCACCAUCACCAAACCGAUUGGUUCAAACAGGCAAAUUCAGAACAGCAGACCCAAAUUCUAGAGAGGUUUUGCUGCAAAUGGCGUGUUCAACUCCAGAGCUCAUAUGGCCUCCGCAGAAGGAAUCUCUCCUUUGUACAAGCUGUACUACUUGCCAUUUCAUGAAGCUCUUGUGCCCAAUGAAAUGGUGUCUUUAAGUUUUUGCCCAGCUGAGCACUUGCAGUUGUAUCUUAAAGGUGCAGCCAUUUGGCGACAGAGAGAAAUGCACCAACUGUAACAUAUAAGGGCAUUAUCAAUACUUGUAAGUCAUUUUCUUAUUAAAGAAAAAAUAUGUUUCUUGGUGUCUCUGUUA